UUUCUAGUCCGUCUGUUCUCUGCCGUAAGUGAAGGUGAGGAAGCUCAAUACAGGGACCUUGAGAUUUGCAGGUCUCUGAGAAAAGUGUAUUAACUCUUGACAUUGCUAUUGGCAGGAAUCUGUGCUAAAUACCUGAUUGCUGUGUUGCCACCUAUUAAGUGAAAAGUCACUUAAGGGGGUGGCUAAUUAAAAAGGACACUUGUUCCUGCCUUUAGACUCAAACCUCAGAUGUUUCCCCACUGCUUACCCUUGAAAGUGAACCACUCCUUAGUGGGCUUGGAUACGUUUAGGGAGACAGAAGAGCAAGGUGGCUCUUAGGGAAGCUGUCUUUGGAAAGGACAUGUGCUGUGUUGCUAUCCUUAAGCAAUCUGAUUUCAGGAAAGCCAAAAGGAAGAAGAAAGAAGAGAGUGAGACACUGCCUCAAGUGUCUGAAGACAUCGAUUACGACAUUGCUGCUGAUUUAAAAGACUUGUUUGGACCUUCAAAGAACAAACCAGAAAACGCUGAGGACAUACCCUUGGGACAAAGAGGAUGCGCAGGACUCUGUCCCAGCUGACCAUCUGGGACCUUUGCCUGCGAACGACGUAGCUCAGGAGUCGAGUGCUUUCACUUUUCCUUCUUUGGAGACACACAGGAGUCGGGCAUGAAAGAAGAGCCUUACAUACUUGGACCAAUAAAACCGGUGAAAGUCACAUGGCAAGAGGAUCCACGUUUCCAAGACAGCAGUUCUGAGAGUGAUGAUGAGCCUGAACCAUCAGAAAUUGGAAAGGACCAAGAAAUGCAAGUUCCAUUUGUAUUUGUUCUCUCCUUGGUUGUCGUAGUUGGAUGCUGUGGGCAUAUUAAGAGCAGCACUCAGGAAACGGGAAACGGACAUUGCACACCUCUGAGCAGUGAAAGUCAUCUUGGAAAACCGUCUGUGCUGCACCGAGUCAAAACUCCCAGCAGCCCAUUUGAUGUGAAGCUGAAUAUGAAGAGAGAGAAGUUGAGCACAAGAAAUUAACUGGGUCGUUUUGGUUUGACCAAACCCAAACUGAGUUUGGCCAAAAGCCAAAGACACAGUCAGUUUUCUUUUAAAAAGUGGGGUUUUUAUAGAAGGCUCUGUUUGGUUACUGUGGAGUAAAGCUCUUCAAUGUUUACCAUUUCUCUGAAGCGCUGCAGCUCUAACUCGUGUUCAUGGAAUUUGAUAGUGCCUUUUAGGAUGCUAAAAUCCCUUUGUACUUGUCUAGGUUUCUUUCUUUACCACACACGGAAAGUGCUAGAGUCUUCUUCUUCUCCAAAGAUGAUGAACGCCUAAGAGGUACAACAGAACUUAUUCACCCCUUUUGUAUUUUUUUCCUUUUAAACUCUUACUGGAAUUCAGUGAGGAAAAAAUGCUGCCCGCUUAUGAAUGGUUUGUAGUCAACAUUUGCCACCCUUACUUGGGGUCUAGGUUGUGCUAGAAGCCCGUGAGGAAGUCCUGGCAAAAUAAAGGCUGAGCAGCUGUCUGGCUUUCUUUUCUUUCAGAUAAUUGCCUAAUAGGUAUCUGGACUUUUGGAGCUUACCAAAAAAAUAGUCACUGGACAAGUUGCCUAGACAUUUCAGACCCUUUCAGGUAUGUAUAUCAUCUUUAACUUUUUCUUGUCUUUCUGCUGUUAUCAUUAAGAACGUUGAGUAUUCUUAUCAGCCACAUAUGCCCGUGGGGUUCUUUGUCCUCCUGAAUCUCGGUUUUUCUCUUCUGAAUCCAGUGAAUUUUGUACUAAAAACCAAGGAAAACAACAGUCAAAGAAAACAUACGCAGCCCUAAACAUUCCACAGGCCACCAAAACAAUGGCUUGUUACAUUUGAUAGAACACAGUUUUAGGACAGCCUUAAAGGAUGUUUGUUUCUUGAGACCUACUAGAUAACUGUGAUGCAACGAGCUGAUGUGUUCAUACAGUUACUGUCCUGCGUGCUUCCAGCCUGUCUGAUUUACAGCGCGUGUUAAAAUGGGGAUCUCAGUCGUCAGCAGCCAUCAGUUUUGGGGGGAGAUGUGGGAUCCUGGUGUUGAGCUUUUCCUGGAGCAGCUGCUAUUUCACUGCAAUCUAGAUUUCAGCAUGUUCAGGAAAACUGCUGCUGCCUUUCAUUUCUCGCAGUACACGCGGCUGUAACACCGAACAUUUCUGUCGGAGCUCACGUGUGGUGGUGGGGGGAAGCGAAUGGGAAGGAUGUGGAGAAUAGAGCUGCUGACUUUACUGCUGUGUUGCUCAUGAGUGAUCCAAGCAGCAGCAUCAUCAGAAGUGUUUAACCCUUAUAAUUGGUUCUUUGUUUUGUGCAGAGGGCCCAAAGUUAUUUUGUAGAUCAGUAGAGCUCAGUGAAGAAAAAGAGGGUUGGGAAGACAGACGUAGAUUAUUGCUUGAGGUGAGUAUGAAACGUCUGUUCCCUGGUAACUGUGGCUGAAAGCUGAGCACGAGGAGGGAAGAGGGCUAUGAAUCUGCAUGAGAAAUUAAUUCAGGACCUCAACAAGAGCCUGAAACUUUGUAAUUACCAGAGAACAAAAGUGGUUUAGUAUACUGGUGUGUAUAACAUCAGGUUGUGAUGUCACUCAGGUAAACCACUAAAUCUCUGCACGUUACGGGACAGGACCAGAGACUUAACUGUACAUAGAGAAAGUGUUCAAGAGAAACAGUGAGUUCAGAGACUUCUCCUAAUAGUGGAUUCAGAAACUUCUCCUAAUAAUACGUUGGAUUUUCACCAUUUUCUGGAAUGCCGAAGGAAGCAUAAGGACGCCAAAAGAAAAGUGAAAGCAAACCAAUAAAUCUUCUUUUACUGAUGAGAAGCGUGUCAUGUUUCUUCCUUGAAGAAGUUGCAAACCAAUGUUACUUUGGAAAUCCUUUCCAAGAUCUAAUAGGAAAAACUUUUGGCCAAAACUGUCAGCCUGUGUUUCUGAAUAGGAAUACGUGUCCUGUGUCAAUUCAAGAGGGAGAGGACGAGCGCCUGGAGAAGGUCGCGGUGUUCCUGCACGGGGACUCAUCGCAGACCAGAACCAUGGCAGAAGGGAAGCAGGAGGCCUCUGAUGCCAGGGAGCCAGCAUGCCUGCUGUGCCGCCGCGCAGAGGCUGACCCGGACAUCUGCGGCGACAAACAGGAGAAGCACGGGCUCUGUGCCCACAUCUUCUGCCUGAAUUUCGCCAGCCUCAUUUUUCGACAAGACGAUGAUCAGACCGGAUUCACGGGCUGUCGCCCUCGCGAUAUCCAACUUGCAGUCAGCCGGGCAGCUCAGGAGCACUGCUGCGUCUGUGGGGAGACUGGGGCCACCAUCAUGUGCUGUCAGGAAGACUGCGACAGAUGGUUCCACCUGCCCUGUGCCAAGGAGGGUCACUGUGUGACUCAGUACAUAACCCCAUACAGGUACCUCCUCUCCCCUUCUGGCCACCCCUGUGGAAGGACCCAGCAUUUCUCACUUUGCUCGUCCCUUUUCCCCCAGCUCCUUCUGCCCUGA